GGCUGUGCCACCUCUGGGGAAAGUGCACUUGCCUGGGGGGGGCGCCUCUGCCUAGGGUGCCCGUACUGGCCCUUCCUGGAACAGAUGAAAGGGGUGCAGUUCCAGGCGGGGCUGAGUCGGGGCGCAGCCGUGAUUUCAGGGCACCUCCGUUUGGCGGCUGCUGUGAUUUGAAAGCCUCAGACGUCUGGGUGACUGACGCUGGGAGCCCCUGAAUGAGCAGUGCUGGGUGCAGCCCCGCCCGGAGGCUACGGAGCUGGGGGGGCCUGGCCGGGGGAGCCCUGCUUGCAGUCUUCUGGCUCCUGUGGCUGCUGGGGUCGGGCCCCAGGGGAGCCCCGGCACCCCAGGCCACAAUCACCAUCCUUGUCUGGCACUGGCCCUUCACUGACCGGCCCCCAGAGCUGCCUGGCGACACCUGUGCCCGCUACGGCAUGACCCACUGCCGCCUGAGUGCCAACCGGAGCCUGCUGGCCAGCGCAGACGCCGUGGUCUUCCACCACCGCGAGCUGCAGACCCGGAGGUGCGGCCUGCCCCUGGCCCAGCGGCCGCGUGGGCAGCCGUGGGUGUGGGCCUCCAUGGAGUCCCCCAGCCACACGCACGGCCUGGGCCGCCUCCGUGGCGUCUUCAACUGGGUGCUGAGCUACCGGCGCGACUCAGACAUCUUCGUGCCCUACGGCCGCCUGGAGGCCCACUCGGGGCCCUCACCGCCACUGCCCGCCAAGAGCGGGGUGGCCGCCUGGGUGAUCAGCAAUUUCCAGGAGCGGCAGCAGCGGGCGCGGCUGUACCGGCAGCUGGCGCCCCACCUCCGGGUGGACGUGUUCGGCCGGGCCAGCGGGCGGCCACUGUGCGCCAACUGCCUGCUGCCCACCGUGGCCCGCUACCGCUUCUACCUGUCCUUCGAGAACUCGCUGCACCGCGACUACAUCACCGAGAAGUUCUGGCGCAACGCGCUGGCGGCCGGGGCCGUGCCCGUGGUUUUGGGGCCCCCCAGGGCCACCUACGAGGCCUUCGUGCCUCCGGACGCCUUCGUGCACGCGGACGACUUUGGUUCGGCCCGGGAGCUGGCGGCUUUCCUCGCCGGCAUGAACGAGAGCCGCUACCUGCGCUUCUUCGCCUGGCGCCACAGGCUCCGCGUGCGGCUGCUGGCCGACUGGCGGGAACGCUUCUGUGCCAUCUGCGCCCGCUACCCGCACCUGCCGCGGGACCAGGUCUACGAGGACCUGGAGGGCUGGUUCCAGGCCUGAGCUCCCGCUGGCCAGGGGAGGUGGCUGUGGGUGGAAGGGCUGAGUGUCGCAAUCAAACCACCGAGCAUCCGGCCCCCAGCGGCUGCCAUCGGGCUAACUAACGGGAGGCUGGGGCCAGAGGCCAGGAAGUGAGGGUGAGGGAGGAGCAGGCUGAGCUAGCUGGGGAGGCUGCCUGGAGGAGGAGGAGGAGGCUGGUGAGCCCUGAUGGCGGUGUCUGGGAGCACCAAAGAGGACAGGCUGCUGAGGAACCACCUCACCCCGGGCAAGUCUUGGGUGGGUCACAAGACGCCCCGGCCUGCAGCCUCCUCUGAACCCGAGGUGCCCUGGCCCCCGAGAUGCAGGCACAGGCCCUGCUGCUCCUGCAGGCCGGGAGACCCUGGUGCAGCGACCGGCUGUGCUGGGCAGCAGGGCACACAAUAAAGAAGCCAACGAGUAUCUCACUGUCCCUCUGUGUCCUGUCAGCAGCGCCCCUGUCGGCCCUCCCGUGCCUGACCUCACCCCUG